CCUCAACCGCAGUCGCGUACUUUAUUUAACCUUCAGCUUUUUCCAUAAUGAAUAUUAGCUGGCAGCUCGACAUGAGCGCUUAAUAAUCAUGUUGUUCCAAAAGUGCCAGCAGCAUGCUAAAGAGGCCUGGUUCACUGUGUGCCUUUUGCUGUGCGCGUUCGGGUUCCUGAAGGAAAUCCGGCCAUCGGAGCCCUUCAUCUACGAGUUUUUGGUCGGAGAAUGGCGCAAUAUCACCGACGAGCAGGUGAACCAGCUGGUUUACCCGGUGGGCACCUACAGCUACUUGGGCCUGCUGGUUUUGGUGUUCCUCAUUACCGACGUGUGCCGCUACAAGCCCUUGAUUAUAAUUUUGGGGCUGUCGGGCAUUGUGGUGUGGGGCAUGUUGCUCUGGACAACCAGUCUUUUGGCGCUCCAGAUCUUGGAGGGUUUUUAUGGGGCUUUUGCCGCCUGCGAAGUGGCCUACUUCACCUACAUCUACGCCAAAGUGGAUAAGCAGUACUAUCAGCUAGUGACUUCCUAUACAAGGGCGGCCAUUCUGAUGGGGCGCUUUUUCUCCGGCCUGCUGGGCCAGCUGCUGAUUUCCCUCAGAGUGCUCGACUAUCGUCAGCUGAAUUACAUCACAUUUGCCGCAAUGCUGGCAGCGACGGUCUGGAGCCUUUUUCUCCCGCCGGUCAACCAAUCCAUCUAUUUUCACCGCGAUUCUGUCACCCCGCUCGUUUUCGGCGAGAAGACCAAGGGGGCCUUUCAGCUGAUGUGGGGCCACCUGCGGCAGGGCUACGCCUCAUUUUACAUAAUCAAAUGGUCGAUAUGGUGGGCGCUGUCCACUUGUGGCUUUAUUCAAGUGCAGAUCUACAUGCAGCCACUCUGGGCGGCAAUUGUGUCCGAUCCUACCGAGCCCAUCUACAACGGCGUGGUCGAGUCGAUUCUAACAGUGUUGGGAUUUCUUGGGGCCUUAGCGGCGGGGGUACUCAAAGUGGACUGGACUACUCGCGGAGAGCUUGCGCUCACUUGCUGCUCUAUUCUACAAGGGUUUGUGAUGCUGAUUGCGUCGCAGACCCAGUGGAUUUUAGUUGGGUAUGUUUGCUAUGUGGUUUUCGGCGCUCUUUUCCACCUCACCAUCACGGUGGCCAGCAGCGAGAUUGCCAAGUGCAUCAAAGAGGACAGCUAUGGAUUGAUUUUUGGCAUCAACACUUUUGUGGCGCUGCUGUUCCAAACGCUGCUCACUCUGGCCGCGGUUACCGGCCAUUUGGGGUUCGCUUUACCCCCCCAAAGCCAGUAUUUUGUCUAUGGGGUGCUCCAUGUUAUAUUGGGGGUUAUCUACAUUGUGAUUGGCCUGAUUUGCUGGCUGUCCAGCAAGAGGGACUAUAGAAGGGCCAGUACGGUCCCGGAACCCCCGGCUCGCACAGUAAUAAUUUUUUAAAACCCCUCAAAGUGGGUUUUAAACAGUACCCCCUUUAUUGAAUUAAUUAGUAGUAUUUGUAUUGGCUGUGAAUUAGUUGUAAUUGUUUCAUUAAGAGCAACUGAGUAUUAAAAGUGGGCGUUUGCCGCGAUUGUUUAGUUA